GCCAUGUUCUAUUCAAACUAUUGUUCUCUAUUCUAUUAUGCCCUGGCUGGCCUGUUCCAUCAUUGAGCCUAGUCUCAUCUGUUGGACUCAGGGAUUAGUGGCCACAUGACUAGUCAUCCUUCACGGUCGCUGGAGUGUGUUUCGUUAUUCAGGCUCUCCCGGUUUGGAGCAGGGCAGGGGCAUUCAUUCGAAGCAAUUUUAUUUAGUUUGAACAACCGACUUCGAAUGAUAUAAAAUCACGUAAACUUUCUUUAAAUAAUUUGCAUGGUCGAGGCUCUUUCUGUUAGCGCGUAGCCUAUCUCUCGAUUGGGUAAAGAAAGGAGCGCGUAAUCCAUUUCAGCCAUGGCGCAGGGCAUAACCGGAGAGAAGUAUUGGGAGGAUAGAGUAGCCUUCGAAACAGAAGGAGCAGGUCAAGAAGUUGUAGAAUAUGGUGAUGUUUUGGAGCUUAAUCGAUUUGACGGACUACCCUACUCCUCUCGAUAUUACACAUUACUGAAGGAAAGAAUGGAUCUGCCAGUUUGGAAAGCCAAGUGUGAUUUCAUGGACAAGCUGGCCAACAGGCAGUUUAUUAUUGUCUCUGGCACGGCAAGAACUGGCAGAAGCUCUCAGAUCCCCCAGUGGUGUGCAGAGUUCUGCCUGGCUGUCCAGUACCAGAAUGGCAUGGUGGUGUGCACCCAGGUCCACAGGCAACACACAGUGGAUCUGGCCCUGCGUGUCGCUGAUGAGAUGGACGUCAACAUCGGCCAUGAAGUGGGCUACAGCAUCCCCCUAGAGACAUGCUGCUCUGGUGACACUGUUCUCAGGUACUGCACUGAUGACAUGCUGCUCAGAGAGAUGAUGUCAGACCCCAUGCUGGAGCACUACGGUGUCAUCGUCAUCGACCAAGCCCACGAGAGGACGGUCAGUACAGAUGUUCUACUGGGCCUUCUCAAAGACAUCACCCUGCAGAGGCCCGAGCUCCGCGUGGUGCUCCUCACAGCUACACACCCAGGACCCAAACUACUGGGCCACUACAAGAAUGUCCCACUGAUCCAGCUGGAGGGGGUGUGUUCAGCGGAGGUGGUGUAUACUGGUACCAGCCACAAGGACUACUUCUGCUCUGCCCUGCGUCUGGUUCUGGAGAUACACCACUCCCAAGAGGAAGGGGAUAUAGUCGUGUUUUUGGCCACAACUCAAGAGAUAGAUCUUGCCCGUGAUAUCCUACUUCGCGAGGAGGCCAAUAUACCCACACAUCUAGAACUUCUCCCUAUCUCGGUGCACCCUGGGCUGGGUGGAACUCUGCCCAUGCCGGGUGAAGAGGAAGGCCGGUGCAGAAGAGUAUUCCUCACCUCCAGUCCAAAUGAAGACCUCUUUUGGGCUGUGCACAUGCUGAACUUUGUCAUUGAUGCCGGUGUCCAGAAAAGAAAUGUUUAUAACCCUAGGAUCAGGGCGAACUCAGUCGCCAUUCAACCUAUCAGUCGGAUCCAAGCAGAAAGCCGCAAACAGCUUGUAGGACCAACAGGGAAGAGUUUUUGUCUGUACCCAGAGGACACACCCCUGCCCAGUGAGACACGCCCCCACAUCCUUGAGUCUGACAUCACAUCCACAGUGCUCUUCCUGAAGAGGAUGGACAUCGGCGGUCUGGGCCGCUGUGACUUUAUCGACAGGCCAGAUCCUGAGGGUCUGAUGCAGGCCUUGGAGGAACUGGACUAUCUAGCAGCCCUGGAUGACGAUGGGAACCUGUCGGAGAUCGGCAUCAUCAUGUCUGAGUUCCCCCUGGAGCCCCAGAUGGCCAAGACACUACUAGCCUCCUGCGAGUUUGACUGUGUCAACGAGGUGGUCACCAUCGCCGCCAUGCUGACAGCACCAAGCUGCUUUCUGGUCCCCUCAAGGGAGUUGAGGCUAGAGGCCUCUCAGUGUCACCUGAAGUUCCAGCACCCAGAGGGAGACCACUUCACCCUCAUCAACAUCUACAAGGCUUUCAAACAGAACCAGCAUGAGCCCUUUGUCAGUGUGGAGAAGUGGUGUCAGGACUACUUCCUGAGUCUGUCUGCCCUGCAGACGGCUGAUGCUAUCCGCUCUGAGCUGACUGACAUCCUGAGGAGGAUAGAGCUGCCUGUCUCCAUGCCUUCCUUUGGCUCCAAGGGAAACACUCUCAACAUUAAGAGAGCGCUGCUAGCUGGCUUCUUCAUGCAGGUGGCAAGGGAUGUGGAUUCAUCGGGGAAUUACUUCAUGUUGACACACAAGCACGUGGCCCAGAUCCACCCUUUCUCUGCCUACGGCACCAAGACACCCAAACUGGGCCUGCCGGAGUGGGUCCUCUUCCAUCAGUACUCCUUCUCAGAGGACAACUGCAUCCGCACCGUGUCCCACAUAUCCCCAGAGGAGUUCAUUCAGAUGGCUCCACAGUACUUCUUCUUCAACCUGCCUCCCAGCGAGAGCAAGGACAUCCUCCAGAACAUCUUAGACAAUGGAGCUGAACACUACAAAGCGAAGAAGCUUCAAAAGAGCCCCAGCCUAGAGAGCAUACCAGAAGUCACCGCCAGUUGUGUCAUACAGUGAUUGUGAAGGCCUUGGUUGAGAAUGUCUUGGAGGCAUAAACUCCCUAUUCAUUCCCCGGUACUGUAUUAUAUGAUCAUUUUCACCAGUGUUACCUUUCAGUCAUCUCAUCACCAGUGUUACUUUUCAGUCAUCUCAUCACCAGUGUUACUUUUGAGUCAUUGAAACUAAGAAUAAUGUUAAUGUCAAGCUAUUAGUUCAUUACUGGAAUUGAAUUAUGGGAAGAAAAGUGACACUAUCUGUCCAGAUUGCCAAUGUGUUAGUUUUAGCAAUAUUUAUAUAGGCAUUCUUUCUAGUCUAUGUAUAUUUAAUUUAUAGAGCCCUACGUAUGUACAGGGAUGUACGAUGUUUCUUGGAACUUGCAGUUUAAUAAUAAACACACUACUAAAAAUG